AUGAGGCACUUUGGUCUUGUGCGGUUGCUCGCCUUUGCGCUGCUGUUCGUUGGCCUCGUCGCCGCUUGGUCGAAAGAAGACCAUGAGAUAUUCCGCCUGCGAGAUGAGCUGCACGCUACCCAGGGCCAGAAUGUAACUUUUUACGACUUCCUCGGAGUCAAGCCCAAUGCCGGCCAGACUGAUAUUGUCAAGGCCUAUCGCAAGAAAUCCAAACAAUUGCACCCCGACAAAGUCAAGCGCGCCUUCAUCGCCAACUACCACCGCCCGCGCAAAGCCAAACCCGGCUCUAAGCCUGGGGUCCGUGUCUCUAAGGGGCCUACGGACCGCGAGAUCGAGAAGGCUCACAAGCUCGCCACUCAACAGUUUGCUCGUCUAGGCUUAAUUGCAGAUAUUCUCAAGGGCCCCGGCCGUGAACGCUACGAUCAUUUCUUGAACAAUGGAUUCCCCGCAUGGAAAGGUACAGGAUACUACUAUAAUCGGUUCCGUCCUGGACUGGGUACUGUAUUAUUUGGAUUGUUCCUUGCCUUUGGCGGAGCUGCUCAUUACGCCGCCCUUGUCCUAAGCUGGAAACGACAGAGGCAGUUCGUGCAACGUUAUGUCAGACAGGCUCGCCGGGCAGCUUGGGGUGACGAAUUUGGUGUUCCUGGUGUUUCUAAUGUCGGAGAGAGUGUUGCGGACUCCAGUGCACAUACCACUGCUGCUGCCACGGGGGAAAACACAGGUGAAGAAGGCGCCGCUCCUGUACCGGUCAACCGCCGUCAGAAGCGCAUGAUGGAACGGGACAGUCGCAAGGAAGGCAAGAAACCGGUCAAGGCCGCUAAGGUUGCCAAACCAUCUGUCAACCGUGAAGACUCUUCCGCCCCUGGAUCCGGUACAGCCACUCCCGCCGGUGUUGAGACUAGAAACAGGAAACGUGUAAUUGCAGAGAAUGGCAAGGUUCUACUGGUCGAUUCCUCGGGUGAUGUCUACCUUGUUGAAGAGAACGAGGAUGGAGUCAAGGAGGAAUUUCUCCUUGAUGCUGACGAAAUUCCCAAGCCCACCUUCCGUGACACCAUGGUUUGCAGACUUCCCAUCUGGUUCUAUGAGAGGACCGUUGGACGAGUCGUCGCUACUGCCCCUGACUCCUCGGCAGCUGAUACCUAUGAACAGGCCGAAGAGGAAGAAACAGUGGCUCAAGUGGAAGAGAGAACCUCUUCCAGUACACAGAAGAAGAAGAAAGGUAGAAGGGGUUGA